CAACUGUUUCCAUGGCAACACGGGUGCAGAUGCUCUCUCAGCCCAAACCCAACCGACUCAGAUAUCCAGACCGUCGUUCUGUUUACUGGCUGGAUCAGCUGCCACCAGAGAAGACUGGAUCCACCACCAAAACUGGUACAUCUCUCACUGUUUCUCUCCUCUGUUUUCUUUUACUUACAAACCUGCCCUUUGCUGCUUUUUUUGAUGCUGUGCAAAAAACUUUCUCUGCAGAGUUAACCCCUCGCUGGUCGGAGCUAUGUAGAAGCAAAAAGUUCUACACACAAGUCACAAUAUCUCCUGUGUGGGAGGUGAGUGAAGGGGCUCUCAAGGCAGUCCCCUCCAAUCGGCUGUGUCGUCUGGCUCAACCGCGGAACCCAGCAGUUGGCUGGCAGCAGGACCACCUACUACUUGCUCCUUUGAGCAGAGGGACACAGACAGCCGUCGCCACUUCCCGAAUUUGCCAGCUUGCCCAACCAAAAAGAAGAGUGUUACUAGAGGGUUCUGGCCCCAAAUCUAAACCUGUACCCAUGACCCACAUACCCUGCAAAGCCUCUGCACACAUAGAGCUACUUGCUACCCCUAAGUUCGACCACCCCAAGUUUGAAGGAGAGCGCUCUGUGUGCUGGCCCGUGUCCAGAGCAGCAAGGAACUACGUAGCCAGCCCGAGACUUCAUGAGCUGUCCAGUCCCAAAGAGAGGAAGGCUCUGUUUGAGGGAUACAACCCUUACAUUGUUAGCCGGGCAGCCCGGUCUGCUAGCCCAUCGCCUCGGAUACAACAGCUGUGUUUGCCUCUGCCUCGCAAAUGUAGCUCAAACUACGAUGGAUUAGGUCAAAUCCCCUGAGAAGUGUUAAUGAUUCUCCUUUUCCUUAUUGUGAUAAAUAUGUUCUAAAAUUGU